AUGGAAAAAUCAUCACAAUACUUCUGCCACAAUUGCAAGCUAGAUUUCACAAUCCUUAUGACUUAGGAAAAUGAGAAUGAUGACUUUUAAUGCUAACACUGUCAAGAUUUCUUUAUUGAGCAAAUCGAGUCUGAAGACCAACUAAAGCAUCUAAGGGAACUUUACAAAAAUGAGAUAUAGUAGCAAAUGAUGAAGUCUCAAAAUAAUGAAGCAAAUAACAAAAAAAAUGAUUAAAAAACUUAACAAGAUUCUGAUGAAGAAUUUCAUGACUGUGUUGAUGAAGAAAGCAAAAUCUAGGAUACAACAAAAAAUUAGGAGGAGUAAAAAGAAGAAAAUAAGCAAACAGCUUAGACAUAGCCUUAAACUAUACCGAAUCUCUCUUUUUAAAAUCAAGGUAGUAAUUCAAUGCAGUAGACAUUUUAAUCUUAAAAUGGUAGGGCAACUAUCACAACUUAAAUUCAAAAUAUCCCGGGUGGAAACAAUCCAGAUUUACUAAACACAAUUUAGCAGUAAAUAAAUGAAUUAGUCCGUUCUUAAGGAUAGUAGACAGUCAUAAAUCAGAAUGGCUAAAACAUUAACGUGUAGAGAGUUUAAGGUCAGUCAGGGGAUACUGUUAUACACAUUGCAAAUAUAGAAGCUACUGACGAAAUUUAGGAGGAUAUGGGGGACUUGCCUUUGGACGAUGGCAACCAAGACUGGGAAGAUUUAAACGAUCAGGAGGUCGAUGCAUAGAUUCAGUAAAUAGAUAUUGAUAUAGACUUAGACUAGUUCAACGAUGAUCCAUAGGCAAUACUAAACUAAAUUAAUCAACAACUUAACCAGCAACUCUAAUAGCCAGUUGGCAAUCUUAAUACAAAUAUAAACAUCAACUAGUAAUACCCUCAAAAUAACAAUCAGUAAUAAUAAUAAAAUCAAAAUUAGCAGUAACAAUAGCAAUAAUUUUCUAACAAUAACAUAUUUGGUAAUCUUUUUGGAGGAUUUCCAAAUUAAUUCGGAGUUAAUGGUGUAUAGCAGCCACAAUAGCAUGUCUUUCAGCAGGUUUUCAAUAUUGGACCAGGAGUCAAUAACCUCAAUGCCAACCUUCUCAAUCUUGGAGGCCUUAAUAAUCUUUUCGGAGGCUUUGGUGGAGGAAACCUAGAAUAAAACAUUCUAAGCCAGGUCAUUCAAGAGUCAUUGAAUUCAGCUAUGAAUCAAAAUUAGGGCAUUCCAACAUCAAAAUCUUUUAUUCAAAAGUUAAAGCCCAUGAGCGGAUCCGAUUUGAUGUCGAAAAAAGAUUGCCAAGUAUGCUUUGAAUCAUUUAAGGACGAGGAUAAAUUCUACAAGUUGCCUUGCAAACAUCUAUUCCAUGUUGACUGUAUUAUUCCUUGGCUAGAAAAGCAUAAUACUUGCCCUACAUGUAGAUAUGAACUGCCCACUGAUGAUAUGGAGUAUGAAAACAAUAAAAGAUCUACAAAUGAUCCUGUAACUGAUUUCCUUCAAGGGAAUAACUCUUAAUAAAAUGGUAACAAUAAUGGUUAGGGCGGCAAUUCAUUUAAUAGUACAUAUCACGCAUGA